AUGAGUUGUGUUGCCACCGUAAAAUUGAUUGGGGCAUCCUCACUUGGUUUGUUAAGUGCUUCCCUUAGUUACCAAGCGUUCAAGGAUAUCCCCAACUUGAUAAGUGAAUUGAACCUGAACGUUAAUUGCCUCCUGCAGUCAAAUAUAAUUGAUAGGGCGUUGUCUUUGAUCAGAACGACCCAAUUUGGAUCAUUGACUUUGGGUGCAUUGGCUUCAGGCUUCUUUAGUUUAGCAUUUAUUGUCUCACCCCCAAAGGGGAAACACCCUUACUUGAUAUACGCCAGUUUGGGUGCACCAAUUGCAUUGUUGAGUGCCUACUACAAAUCUUAUGAAUAUCAAUCAAGAUUGGUUGAAAAGGCCAAAAGAUCCAGGGCCAAGAGGGCUGCUACUUCCGUGCCGGAAGGGGAAGCUACAGUUUCUGCUGAGUCUGUUGAACCAGCCGCUGCUGAAGCUGUUGUUUCAGAUGAUGAGUCACUUGGAAAGUCCUACAUUCACGUUUCAGAUGAUGAUGAAGGAUCUACUGAAUCCACUCCUACCAGCUCCAAUGUAGAAACUCCAGUCAGCAUCAAUAUUGACCAAUUGCAGCAGGCUUUGAGCAUUGAGGAGGAGGUCGAUAAUGCACUUAAUAAGAAGGAAUUCACCAACGAAUUGGAACACAUCCAAUUCGGAUAUUACAUUGGUAGUGGAAUCACAGGUGUUACCUUUGUGAUUGCAACUAUUGGUUUAAUCGGUGACUACUAUUUAUUGUAG